AUGACCCUCCUGAAAGCAGGAUUCUUUCCAAACGCCACUUUUGUGCGUCCUAAGUUCUUUUUCAUAAGUGGCUUUGCCAGUCUUUCAAACGCAAACUACUACUAUGGCUUCUUGUGCUUUGUUUAUGCUGUGACUGUAGUGGUAAAUACUUUUGUCAUGUUUAUGAUUUACACUGAACACUCUCUUCACACUGCAAAGUACAUUGCAGUUUUUAAUUUGGCUCUGUGCGACUUGUGUGGAAGCACUGCAGUCAUUCCUCAGACGAUUGACACUUUCCUGUUUAAUUCACAGUUAAUCACCUUUGACGCCUGCUUGACUAACAUGUUUUUUGUUAUUUGUUUUGUCUCUCUACAAUCUUUCACUCUCGCUGUUUUGUCCUAUGAUAGAUGUGUUGCAAUAUGUGUUCCACUGAGAUACAAUGAGAUUGUGACUAAUAAAUCAAUAUUGGUGAUCACCACCAUGUUAUGGAUUUUUGCAGGAAUGCUCACUCUCGUAGCAGUGGGCUUUGUCAACACACUGUCAUUCUGCCAAUCAACUGUGGUAAGCAGUUUUUUCUGUGAUCACGGGCCUAUACACUAUAUGGCCUGCAAUGACAACACUCCAAGUGUGGUGAUGAAUUGGGCACAUCCUAUUAUGACUCUCUGGAUUCCAGGAAUUUUUAUCAUAGUCACAUACAUUUGUAUAGCCAGAGCAUUAUACAAAAUUUCUGAAGCCACAGAACGCCUCAAAGCCAUGAAAACCUGCACCUCUCAUUUGAUCUUGGUGAGUGUGUUUUACUUUCCUAUUUGUUUCACCUAUGCAAUGUGCCCUAUCAUUAAACCGUUUGCCAGGAUAAUUAACAUGUCUGUGACGACCGUUUUGCCUCCUAUGCUGAAUCCAAUCAUUUACUCACUGAAGACAGAGGAAUUCAGAGAAACCAUUAGAAAGCUUUACAGAAAAAAAGCUCUGCAGAAAAAAUUUAUUAAUAACAGUCCACACCAAAAUAUGGAUCAAAACUUUAAGUAA